CAGCUUGCAGGCGUGCGGGAAGCAAGAAGUCCCGGGGAGGGAAUGAAGGCUGAGAUGUGGAUGGGCAAGAACCACCCUGCUCCUUGCAGCAGCAGCAUGGCCCCAGGCUGCUCCAAAAACUUGGAUAACCCCUGGAUUUAAUUAUAGCAGAGCCUGGAUGAGAGGCCGCUCUGAUAGGAGGAGAAAGCAGCCUGCGUGGAGAAUGGCACCUUUACGAGGAUUUUGCACGGCUUAUUGGCCCCCGGUGCCCAGACGUACGUGGCUGGAGCAGCAUGCAGGUUUUCUUUUCCAGGUGACGGCAUGGGGACAUGCACAGCCAGCAGCGUGACCCUGGGGAGCCUUUUUUGCACUCUCAAAGGUGGACACAAAGCACCAAGAACGGCUGCUUUAAAUAGAGGCCAGGGGCAAAGCGGCCUUUUUCAGCUUCUAUUCAUGACAUUUACCAGCUGGAAACCGCGAGGCGAAGCCAGCGCCAUGCAAGCUGCCGGCUCAGCGCAGACCACCAGCGUGCCCACCGCAGACCACCGGCGAGCCUGCGGCCACGAGCCCAAAACCAAACAGCCCCGGGGGCGGCGGGGAGCUGGGUGCAGGGGGAGCAGCAGGGAGAGAGAAGUGCUCUGCAAACCCCAUCGGUUCCCCACAGACACAGAGGUGCAGAGGAGCGGGUUUCUCUGGGGGGACACACCGUCAUUACGGGGGUGUUGCUCGCAUGAGAUCCGACGCGGCCUCUUUCAUGUCAGAUCCAAUCUCCACCGACAAAAAUCGUCACUGAGCUCUUCGUGCCAGCUGAGGGGAGAGGAGAACGACAGGGGGAUGCAACAUAAACCCAGAAAGGGAAGCGAGUGGCCUCACACUCACUGGGCUGCCAUGGCUAUUAAUUCAGGGGAAGGUCUCAAAUCCUGGGAUUUUUUUUCCUGUCCUUGGGUGGAGAGGGGGAAAGAGCCCUUUGCUGGUGAAGAACAGUUGGGCUGUUUGGGGCAAAAAGUGAAUUAUUUUUUUUUUGCCCCUAAAUGUAAACCCUACAGCCCACUGCAGUCUGGAAGCCCCUGCCACUGCUGGCCUGGCCAGAGGCAGUGCCGAGCUCUUGGCUGGGGCAGAACCCUUGUCCGUUCGACUUGUUCCGAUAAAACCAUGGAAGGGGUUGGGUGGGAAGGACCUCAAAGCCCACCUGGUGCCACCCCCUGCCAUGGGCAGGGACCCCUCCCACCAGGCCAGGCUGCCCAAAUCCCAUCCAUGGCCUAGGGCACGGCCGGGGAUGGGGCACCCACAGCUCCUCUGGGUGCCUUGGUCAGGGCCUUGCCGCCCUCUGAGUGAAGAACUUCCCCUGAUGUCCAACCCAAAUCCACCCCCUCUUAGUUUGAAGCCAUUACCCUGCGACUCGCAGCAGGGACACGGGUGCUGGCACGGCUCUGCCCCGACGCUCCCACUGGCUCUGCCCUGGCUGCUCCCCACUGUGCCGGGGUCCCACGGCAAAGCUGGCAGAGCCUCGGGGGCUCUCCAGGAGCAGUUCUGCCAGGACAGUAUCGAUCUUUUUAUGACAGAAAUAUUUACCCCAGAAAUGGCUGGGUAAAUCAUCGAAGCGUUGGGAAGGGACAGCAGAUCUGCAGUGACUUUUGCUUUUCCUUUUUUCUUUCUAAAGAGCUCUCGAGUUGCUUAUCAGAGCAAGCUGCCACCAAACCAAGACCCUUUCCAGGUUUCCAGACGAUUUAUUGUGAUCCUGGGCCAGCACACGCUGGUUGCUGCUGCGUGUCACCCCGGUGCCAGGCUCCGAACCAAGCACAUCCUUUGGGCGUUACAAAUGUCACCCGCCUCUGGCUUUGCAUGGUAUAGACGUAAGGGAGAGCCAACGCUCUCAUUUUGAGUCCAGAUCAGAACACUGACAUCAAGAAGUACUUUUUUUUUUUUAUAUACCUACCUAUACAUGGGUGUGUUUCUGGGUCAGCGUGGGUUUCUGUUACCACUGUCAUGCAAGGGUAUGAAAGCAAUUUGCAAGUCUUAAGGCACCUUGUGAUGUCCACAAGCACUUCCGACACCGAUAACCACAUGUUAUUUCUUCCUAAUUCUGGCUUUUCAAUAGAAGUGGCAUAUUUUGACCUAUGUAAACAUUUUCCCCAAAAUAUUGGCAUUACUGCUAAAGGGUGGUUUUCAAAUAGCUACAAAAUAGGCUGCAAAUUUAUGAAAAAUUUGGGCUGAAACUCCAGCUUCAUUAAAUGUUGCUUUUAUGUAAAUGUUGCCCUGUGCAUAUGUCAGUAGCAGACAGAAUUUGUCUUAAAUGGUAAAGCUUUAUCAUAUUGGUAAACUCCAGGGAAAAAUACCCAUAGCAUGGCAUGAACUUGUCUGGAGACUGAAUUAAACCCCCAGACAAGGCAAUAUGGCUGGUCAAGGGAUUGACCCCUAUUUCAGGAGAAUCCUAAACCUGAAAAUUGAGCAAAUGGGUUAAAGCCCAGCAGAUAGGUCUCAGAGUCUCUAGAAAUUCAGAGUUUUGGAGUUCUGCAGAUGAGUUAUCCAGUUCUGCAAGAUUUUGCUUGUGGCUUUGCCAUACGGUGUUUUGCUCUGUGCUGCCGUGGGGUUUGCUGUGUUUUGGUGGGCAGGUGAGAUCUGUCCUUAGUUCUGGUGUCCGUGUGUCCGACAGCCAUCCAGGCUUACUGCUCUGCCAUGUGUGAGCCUGGUGUUGGGGUGAGA